UGACGGGCUCCAUUCCUUCCAGUUUCCAAAAGUUGACCCAGCUACAAGUUCUGUACGUCGGCAUGAACCAGAUAUCUGGGUCCAUCCCUUCUUAUCUCGGAAACCUGACCACGCUUCAAUCCUUGUCUUUUUACGGCAAUCAGAUCUCAGGAACCAUCCCACAUGAACUGGGAAAUCUAGUGAACUUGACUGAUCUGAUAGUUUCCAGCAACCAGAUCUCGGGUUCGAUCCCGACAUCUUUAUGCAACUUGACUCGCCUAUCAGACCUCGAGGUCUUCGAAAAUCAAUUAUCCGGUCCUUUGCCGCGAGAAAUGGCUAAUCUCACGAGCAUGGUGAACCUUCAAUUAGGUUACAACAAUUUUUCUGGCUUCCUACCUUCAGAUUUAUUCAAAGGAGGACAGCUUCAGUGGCUUUCCAUGAUCAAUACCCAUUUCGAGGGCCCAGUUCCACAAAGCUUGCGAAACUGUACUCAGUUAGUAAGGAUCGAACUUGAGGAAAACCAGUUGACAGGGGAUAUCUCCCAAGUCUUUGGGGUGUAUCCAGAUCUGGACCUCAUAGAUCUAAGUUACAAUAGACUCUACGGCGAGCUCUCGGCAAACUGGGGAGCAUGCCGUAAUCUGACCACCUUACACAUGUCGGGGAACAUGAUCGGCGGGAAGAUACCACCUGAACUUGGUAGAUUGCCUCACCUUGCAUCGCUUGACGUCUCUUCCAAUCAGCUAUUCGGAGAGAUUCCAAGGGAAUUGCUUCGUUUGGCUUUGCUCGAGCUGAAUUUAAGCAACAACCAGCUCUCAGGAGUGAUACCUUUGGAAAUUGGUAAUCUGUACAGUAUGACCGCUCUUGAUCUUUCAAUGAACAGCUUCACCGGCGCGAUACCGAAACAGUUGGGAGGCUGCACCCGGCUGCGCAUCUUGAAGUUGAGCAUGAAUGGCUUGAAUGGAAGCCUGCCACUCGAGGUCGGGAAUCUUGUAAACCUACAAGAAAUGCUUGAUCUCAGUCAUAACUCGCUCACUGGAGUCAUCCCGCAACAAUUUGGCAAGCUCGUGAUGCUAGAAAACCUAAACCUCUCGCGCAAUCAACUGUCGGGCUCCAUUCCAUCAUCUUUCGAAGGCAUGCUCAGCUUGUCGUCGCUCGACUUAUCGUACAAUGAUUUGGUGGGUCCGCUGCCUAAAGAUCGAUUCUUUGAUCAGAAAGCUCGAGCAGAGUGGUUUCAACACAAUAAAGGUUUGUGCGGCGAUUUGCAUGGUUUGCCUCCAUGCCCGUCAUCUAUCAGCCAACAUCAUCAUCCAAGGAAUGCUCGCAAGCUGAUUCUUUCGAUUGUUUUCCCCACUAUUGCCGUGCUUCUGCUUUUGGUUACAUUCGUAGUCUUCCUGUUUCUUAGGAGAGCAAAGCCUAUGAAGGAGGAGGAGAGGGAAGUCCCAGUCAAGAAUCUAUUCUCGAUACUGAAUUUUGAUGGGGAGGCUGUACGCGAACAAUUUGAUGGAAAGGCUAUCUAUGAAGAAAUUAUUGAUGUCACGGAAAACUUUGAUGAGAAAUACUGCAUCGGGACGGGAGGAUAUGGCAGUGUCUACAAGGCACGGCUUCGAACGGGUCAGGUAGUAGCUGUGAAGAAGCUUCAUCCAUCGGAAGAAGUAGGUGAUGAAAGAGGCUUUCAGAAUGAGAUCCAAGCAUUAACCGAGAUUCGCCAUCGUAACAUAGUGAAGUUGUAUGGGUUCUGCUCCCAUGCUCGAUGCAUGUUUCUCAUUUAUGAGUACAUGGAAAGGGGAAAUAUGUCGGCCACCUUAAGCAGCCAAGAGGCAGCCAUGGAGUUGGAUUGGAAUAGGAGAGUAAAUAUCGUUAAAGAUGUGGCACAUGCUUUAUCCUAUAUGCACCAUGAUUGCACUCCUCCAAUUGUACAUAGGGACAUAUCGAGCAAGAACAUUUUGUUAGAUUCCGACUUUAAUGCUUAUAUUUCAGACUUUGGAAUAGCAAGAAUUUUGAAGCCCGAUUCGUCAAAUUGGAGCGCCCAUGCAGGCACACUUGGAUAUAUGGCACCAGAGAUUUCGUAUACAAUGAAGGUCACCGAGAAAUAUGAUGUAUACAGUUUUGGUGUGGUGAUAUUAGAAGUAAUGCAAGGAAGGCAUCCAAGUGACCUUAUGUCCUCGCUAUCAUCGCAUGGCCAGAACAUGCUUCUUAAGGAUGUGUUAGACCAACGCAUCUCACUUCCCACACUUCAAGUUGCAAAUGACGUGAUAUUACUAGCUAAGGUAGCACUUGCAUGCAUACGUCCUAAUCCGGAUGCUCGACCAACAAUGAAACAUGUGUCCCAGUUAUUCACUUCUAACAAAGAUCAGAGUUUGUUAGACUAUUUUCAUACAAUUAAACUACAUCAGUUAAUGAAUUUACAAGUGUAGGUUGAAUUUUGGGUGGUCAAGAGGCCCAAGACACAGGCAGUAUGGGUGUUAAGGUGUGUAGGAUUUAUUAUGUUCACCGUAUGACACUUAAAAAUGUCAAUGUAUCCAUAUAUUGUUACAAUGUUAUAAGUAUCCUAGAAGCAAGAACUCUUUACAUAUGUAAUCUUUUCAUUAUUAUUUUAAAGAAUAUGAAUUAGAUCUUUUGAGUCUGUUUUCCUU